AUAAGCUACAAAAAAAAUGUCUGUGUACUCAAAACUGCCCUCAGAGCUGAAGAAACCCGUUGUGAGAAACACCAUUCUUCUUGUAGUUGCGCUAUAUGGUGCGAAGAAAUUUUCCCCUUUUGUAUAUGGCAAGCUUAAAGGAAGGACUAGUAAACAGGUUAAGGCCACAGACCCGGUUACCUCCAAUAGAGAACCUCAAGAAGUGGAAGCCGCAAAGAAAAAGAAAAGCUCCCCGGCUGUGAACCGUGAAUUCUUCGAGAGGUUGAUUCAUCUCUUGAAAAUCCUCUUUCCUCGACUUUUCUGCAAAGAACUCGGCCUGCUCGGUUUCCACUCUCUGGCCCUCAUUUCACGCACCUUUCUCUCCAUCUAUGUAGCCAAUUUGGAUGGGCAAAUAGUGAAAACCAUUGUGAAGAAAGACCCCAGGGCGUUUGUGGUUGAGUUAACCAAAUGGCUGCUCAUUGCCACUCCCGCCACUUUUGUGAACAGUGCCAUCCUUUACCUGGAGGGUCAGCUGACCCUCGCCUUUCGCACCUGGUUGGUCACCCACGCCUACAUGAUGUAUUUCAGCGAUCAGACCUAUUAUCGUGUCAGCAACAUGGAUGGCAGACUGGCGAACCCCGAUCAGUCUUUGACUGAAGAUGUGGUGAUGUUCGCUGCCUCUGUGGCUCAUCUGUACUCUAACCUGACCAAACCUAUCCUAGAUGUAGUGGUGACCUGUUACACGCUCAUUAAAACUGCCGAGUCGAAAGGUGCCAACACCACAUGGUCCUCCAUCAUAGCUGGCAUUGUGGUGGCACUUACUGCCAAGAUUCUGAGAGCAUUCUCGCCCCGCUUUGGUAAGCUGGUGGCUGAGGAAGGCAGGAGGAAAGGCGACCUGAGAUACAUGCAUUCACGCAUAAUCCCCAAUUCAGAGGAGAUCGCCUUCUAUUGAGGACAUAAGAUCGAGAUGUUGCAGCUGCAGCAGAGCUACACUGCAGUGUCCAAGCAGAUUAACCUGAUCCUGUUCAAGAGGCUGUGGUAUGUCAUGCUGGAACAGUUCCUGAUGAAAUAUCUCUGGAGUGCAUCGGGCCUGGUCAUGGUCGCCGUGCCCAUCAACACUGCCACCAGAUACUCUAAAUAUGAUUCAGAGGAUGUAAAACAGGCAGCCCUGGUGAUGAAGGAGGAGGACUUGGUGAGUGAACGCACACAGGCCUUCACCACGGCCCGGAACCUUCUGAACGCUGCAGCUGAUGCGGUGGAGAGGAUCAUGAUCUCCUACAAAGAGGUCACAGAGCUGGCUGGAUAUACGGCUCGUGUGUAUGAGAUGUUUGAAGUGUUUGAGGAUGUGCGUGCUGGGAUGUACCGCCGUUCACUCUCAGAGCUAAAGCCAGAAGAGACAGGGGCGGCUCGGAAGAUUAAACAUGGCAUGAGAGUGGAGGGACCACUCCAGAUCAGAGGUAACGUGAUUGAUGUGGAACAGGGCAUCAAAUGUGAAAACCUACCCAUAAUAACUCCAACAGGGGAUGUGGUGGUUUCCAGCCUGAACCUACAGGUUGAUGAAGGCAUGCAUCUGCUGAUCACGGGCCCUAACGGUUGUGGAAAAAGCUCUCUGUUCAGAAUCCUGAGCGGCCUCUGGCCCGUCUACAGCGGAGUGCUUUACAAGCCAUCACCCGAGCACAUGUUUUACAUACCUCAAAGGCCUUAUAUGUCGGUGGGAACGCUGAGAGAUCAGGUCAUCUACCCUCACUCUGUUCAGGAGAUGCUGGAAAAAGGCAUCACUGACCAGCAGCUGGAAGACAUCCUCAAAACUGUGAACCUCUGCUACAUCCUGGAGAGAGAAGGAGGUUGGGAUGCAAUGAGCCACUGGAAGGACGUGUUGUCUGGAGGAGAGAAGCAGCGGAUGGGCAUGGCCAGGAUGUUUUACCAUAAGCCUCAAUACGCCCUCCUGGAUGAGUGCACGAGUGCUAUGAGUAUUGAUGUGGAAGGCAAAAUCUUUGAAGCUGCAAAGGAUGCUGGGAUUGCUCUUCUCUCUAUUACACACCGUCCUUCUCUCUGGAAGUACCACUCCCACCUGCUGCAGUUUGAUGGCGAGGGCGGCUGGCGCUUUGAAAAGCUGGACGCCUCCACGCGUAUUUCCCUGCAGGACGAGAAGCUCCGACUUGAGACCCAGCUCUCGGGAAUUCCCAUGAUGCAGCAGCAGCUGGCAGAGCUGUGCCACAUUCUGGGAGAAGACAGCAGUCUGACAAACCCAGGGGAAGUGGAGGAAGAUGACCAGAAGGAGGGGGAGGAGAAGGAGAGAGAUGUGGUGUCUGGUAGAAAAGAGAAAGAACUUAUAGAGUGAUUUAGAGAUAGGUGUGAGCGUAUGUGUGUGUGCAUACAGUAUAUCUGCCCACAUUUGUUUUAGAUGCAUGCAUUGACUUGAGAAUGUGUUUCUAAUAGGGUUGGGAAUCAAGAACUUAAUCAGAACCAGUUCCAUUUUUUAAGGAAAUAUCACAGCGGGAAUCGUUUUAAGGAUGUUUGGUUCUAUUGACGGUUUUAGAACGUUUACAUUCCACCAACGAUUCAGAAGAAACUCAGCAAUAAAAUAUGCAAAUCAGAUGAAUGUAUCAGAGCCACAUUGAACCACCUUUGCUGUUGUCAUGAUGAUCACUGUGCAUCUUAUUUUUUAGCUUGCAUGAGAAUCAGCAAUCAAAAGUUGAGUGUGUAAUUGUCAAUUUCCAUGCUUUAAAAAGUCUGUGAAAAUUGGCUAUAACCUUUUCUUUUUCACACACUGAUUACAUUUAGGGUUGUGAGUCAUUCAGAACUGAAUUCAGAAUGUUUUUAACCCUUGUGCUGCAAAAUCAUUUACCUAAUAGGCCAGAAAAUGGCUGGCCUUUUAAAAUAAUUGCUUAUAAAAUUCUUGUUAUGCUGUAUUUUCACCAAAUCUUGGAUUUAAUUUUUUUGUCAACUUGUUUUCUUUCAAUCAGCACAGAUUUUGUAUAUCUUUUUUCGAACUGAUUGAUCGUAGGCCUUUUUGAUCUAAGUGAAUGCACCUCAGAUUUUGAGUCAAAAAGCGUUAUUUGUGGAUAAUCAAUCAGUUCUAAAAAGAAAAAGAAAACCUGUGCUAACUGAAUCAGAAUCAAAUUCAAAUUUGAAUGCAAGAAAAUGUAUUUAAAAUAAUUUGGUAUUUUAGAAUUUAGAAAUGUCAUUUUUACCUAGAAAUUGUCAAGAAAGUUUUGAAAAAACUUUACUUUUUGAGGUUUAAAGAAUUUAAAGAAUGAAUAAUAGAUAAAUGGAUAUAUUCUAUUAAACUGAUUUGAAAGUGUCAGUUUUUAAAUUCUCAGCUAAAUAGAUGGUAUAAUUUAGGUGAGCUAAAGAAACAGAUAAAAUGCAUUCUUGUCUUUUCCCAAGAAUUGCAUAAUACAUGAAAUUUUAUUUCAAAAUUUCACAACAGGCUUCUGAGGGUAGUGAAUGCAGAACACUAAUUUUCCAUUCUCUCUGCUUCAAAAUUACUAUUAACAGAACCAUUAAGGAUUCAGAAUCAGAUUCCCAUAUUUAGUCUCUAGACAGAAAACGCACAGUGAACACUUUAAAGCUUUUUUAGCUGUACAAAGACAAUGCAGUUAGUGUGUGUGUGUGUUUGUUUAUGUAUGCAUGUAUGUACUGUAUGUGUGUGUGUGUGUGUAGUACUCAAGACUGGGUGUGUUUUGGAGGGGGUGGGAGACAGCUGCCAACUCCACCAGGUGCAGUCAAUGAUGAAAGCCCCUAUGAAAGCUGUUCCUCUUGCUCGUUAUCGCUGUUCUCUGAAGAAUUCUCUGGAAAUCUGUGAACCCAGGCAGCGUGUGUGUCUGUGCCUUUAGGGAAAGGGAGUUAGGGCUCUGCUGUUUUGUAUCAGUUCAGUGGUGGUAUUUUCAAACUUGUAAGUCACCAUGAGUGCUGUAGUUCAAAUCCGUGCCGUUUUAACACAACAUCAAAAAGGGUACAUUUGUCCUCAGUGCAGAUGAUAUGUGUUUUUAUUAUUAUCCAGUUCUAAUAGAUAUUUAAACAGUGACCACAUUUCCAUGCACAUGAAUGCUGUGUACAUGUAUACAGGAAUACCUCAAUAGUAUGCUGUUAACAUUUUUUCUGUGAUAAUGUGCAAGUAAUUGUGGUCAAUAAGAAAUGGCUAAUUUUAAAAUGUAGCUUUUAUUCUUUAAACAAUCAGCGAGAAGCUAUGGAAGCCUUUUUGCACCACAGGAUGAAAAAAAUAAUUGCAACUUUUUAUCUUACAUUUCUGACUUGUUUUCUUGCAGUUCUGAGAGAAAAAAGUCAGAAAUGCAAGAUAUCAACUCAGAAUUGAGAAAUAGAAACAUGCAGUUCUAGGAAUUAUUAAUCACAAUUAGUUAACUUUCAAUUGUAAGAUAUAAACCCAUUUCUGUUGUCUGAUAAGCCCAAGUUUAUGUCGUCUGAUAUAUCUGUUGUGUUAGUUGUAAGGUGAUGGCCACUAGAGUUAAUCUGAACAUUAACAAGACCUCUUGCAGCUGAGACAUUUCUCUAAAGUGUCCUUAGAAUUUCAAUCAUUUAUUUUAACAUUUCAAAGUGCUUUUGUUCUCUUGUUGUGUGUUGACUUCAGAAGGUCAGUCACUUGAAAGAUGUUUGACGAUUGUAACAUUUAAUUACUGCUUUAAAAGAAAUUUCCAUUAAAAAAAAACAUCUGUCCACAAUAUUUGUAUGACAUUGAAUUUCAUAAUGUCUGUAUUUCUUACUAAAAUAUUUUAUAAUGUGAGAUUUUGCACACAUAAUGCACGUGAUUUUACUUUUGCUAACGCAAACUAUUUUGUAUUAUGUUUUUUUUUUAGGUAUGACUGAUAAAAGCGAUUGCAAUGUAAUUGAUUCAAUAUUGGACCCUUUGCACAUU